GCUGUCGAACUGAAAAUCAUGCAACAGCGGCGUGCCGGGUAGGAUCAAGCUGCAGUAGACACAGGACCAUGACAGACCUUAAAGCGAGCAAAGAACAGAAAUAUGAUCGACAGCUCAGGUUGUGGGGAGAUCAUGGACAGGAAGCUCUUGAAAAUGCUCAUGUGUGUCUCAUCAAUGCCACUGCAUCUGGCACUGAGAUACUCAAGAACCUUGUGUUGCCAGGCAUUGGAGCAUUUACUAUAGUUGACGGGCAUAAAGUGUCAGGGGAGGAUGUUGGAAACAACUUUUUCCUUAGCAACAACAGUAUUGGAAAGAACAGAGCUCAGGCUUCAACUGAACUACUGCAGGAGCUUAACAGUGAUGUGUCUGGAAACUUUGUGGAGGAGAGUCCUGAUAAACUUUUGGACAAUGACCCUGAGUUUUUUCACAGAUUUAGUCUGGUAAUCAGUGUGCAGCUUCCAGAAAGCACAUAUUUGAGGCUGGCCACUGUGUUAUGGGAGGCUGGUGUGCCAUUCCUAGUAUGUAGAACAUAUGGGCUUGUUGGUUACAUGAGGCUAGCUGUGAAGGAGCACACAGUGGUUGAGUCUCAUCCUGACAAUGCAUUAGAGGACCUAAGGCUAGAUCAGCCAUUUACAGAGCUGAAGAACCACAUAGAGUCCUAUGACCUGGACAACAUGAAGAAGAAGGAUCACAGCCAUACACCCUGGAUUAUUGUUGUUGCCAAAUACUUGGACAAAUGGUAUAGUGAGCACAACUCCCAGUUACCGAAGAAUUAUAAGGAGAAGGAAGCUUUCAGACAACUCAUCAGAGAAGGAAUGCUUAAGAAUGAGAGUGGAACACCUGAGGAUGAAGAGAACUUUGAGGAGGCUAUCAAGAAUGUGAACACGGCUUUAAACCCCACCAAGAUCUCCAGCGCAGUGGAGGACAUUUUUAACAUGGAGCAGUGUGAAAACAUUACCUCGCAGAGCCCGUCUUUCUGGGUGAUGGCACGUGGAGUGCGAGACUUUGUUCGAAAUAAGGGAAGCGGAAACCUGCCUGUGCGUGGAAUCAUCCCAGAUAUGAUCGCUGACUCAGACAAAUUUAUCAAGUUACAAAAUGUCUAUAGAGAAAAAGCAAUGAAGGAUGCUACAGUCGUGUCCAAACAUGUUGAAUCACUUCUACACUCAGUUGGAAAGACUCCAGAGAGUAUCUCAGAACAGGAAAUAAAACUCUUCUGUAAGAAUGCAGCUUUUCUCAGGGUGGUGCGAUGCAGGUCUGUGGCAGAGGAGUACAGUGUAGACGCUUUUAAUAAAGAUGAAAUCACCUCCUGCAUGGGCAGUCCAGACAGUGAGAUGGUCCUCUACCUCAUGCUCCGCUCAGUUGAACGCUUCUAUCAACAACACUCACGUUACCCAGGUGUCUACAAUUACCAGGUGGAGGAAGACAUUAAUAAACUGAAGCUAUGUGUAAACAGUCUUCUACUGGAGUACAGUCUGAACGUCAAUGUGAAAGAUGACUACAUCCAUGAGUUCUGUCGUUACGGAGCUGCCGAGCCACACACAGUCGCUGCUUUUUUGGGAGGGACAGCAGCUCAAGAAGCCAUCAAAAUCAUUACACAUCAGUUUGUACCUUUCAACAACACGUUCAUCUAUAACGCCAUGGCACAGACUUCUGCUACUUUUCAGCUGUAGAACAAUCCUCUCCAUCUGGUCAUGAUGGUCCAAAAUCUUCCAUUUUACUUAUUUGUGCAUCAAAGGGGCGCUCAAGUUUGUUUUUACUUGUAUCGAUUGAUGGUGUUGCUCUGACAAGAAUAAACACUGUAUUUAAAAUGC